UAUUUUUAUUUAUUUACAAAAACUACAUUCACUGAUUCACGUUUUACGUCAUUACCAUAGAUUUAUAAUGGUCACUAUUUAACAUAUUGACAUACUUUUAUUUUAUUCUCCGAGUUGUCCUGUGCAUAAUAUUAUGGUAUAUGAAAGUUAAUCGAUGAUAGUAUCGAUGGCGGCAAAUAAUCAUUACAAUAGAGAUAAUAUGGAAAAAGAAGAAACUCUUUUGCUUGAACGUCUGAUCGCAUUACAGAAACAACUCGAUGAGGAUGAAGUGGCUUUGCAGAAGAAUAAAUGUCACUCAAAAGAAAACAUAAUGAAUACAAAUGUGAUUACGUCCAAAUUCAAGUAUCGUAAAGUAAAUAAUUUUAAAAUUAACGCAUUUGUCCCGACAAAAAUAAAUGGUACUAAUUUGUCGAAUAACCAACAUGCUAUGAAAACUAAAGAGUUAUCUACUCAACAAAAUAAAUCAACAAAUGAAUUAUUUGCUCAAAAAAAACACAUGUCCAACAUAUAUGUGAAACCAAACUUAGGAAAUAUGACAUCCACAAAAACAGUUGCCGAUAAAAACCAGUUUUGUUUAAGCGAUGAUGUUUGGAAAAGUUUAAAGGAUUAUUCAAUUGAAAUUAACAAGGUUAUAAAGGCAAGCAAUUUAAAUAGCAACAAAUCAACAUUAUUAGACAAUUGUCACUUGUUUUCAAAUAUUUCCCAGACAUUGUUCAAUGUUGAUAAUUAUAUAAAAAAUGCAAAUGAACAUUUGGAUUCCUUUAACUAUACACUCGACAAAAACACUCCCACUAAUGUGAAAACUAGUGAAAAAACCAAUUGCCAAUCAAAAAAUGUUCAUGUUAAUAGAAAAUUUCAAAAUAAAUAUUGUGAUAACAGUUCGACUGUACCUGAAAAUUCUUUAAACUUAUUACAAUCAGUUAAAAAGUCUGUUAAAAAAACUGUACCGAAAAAGUUGCCUGGCAAAUUGUUUAGCUCGCCAGCACUUGUUAAGAUUGGUAAAACAAAGUUAAUACGGCAAUCAUUAAUCAAAAGCAAAUACAAGCUGAACAACCAAUUUUCUUUGGACAACAGAAAAUGUAUUCGUAAGCAACUUGGCAAUACACUGUUGAAAUCGUACAACAAAACCAAGUGGAAUAAAAUAAUAAAUUCAACAGCGGCGACCAAAUCAAUAUGUAUGAGUAGUAAUAAAUUAAAAUGGACCAAGCCUAACAAAUCGCUAGUCAACGAUUUUAAUAGAGUUGAAUCCCCGAAGACGGACAAACUAAUUUUGUUUGGAAAAAAUAAAAUAAUCAGACAAUCGAUAAUUGGUUCGGUUCAGUCAAAAACAAAUAAAUACAAGCUAAAACACUUAUCUCACAGAUUCGCUUUGAUGAGAAAGUUACAAUUAAAAAGUAAUACAAAAAAUAAAACUAUAUUAAAUUACGAACAAACCGUUAAAAAUACUUUACCUUUAAAAAAUACAAACUUUGAAACAAUCAAAAAUAAGAAGAACUCGCAUUCCAUGUAUUCGUAUGUCAAUCCAAAAUUAAGAUCUAAAAUCAAUACUCCUAACAGUAAUGCGAGUAAAAUUAAAAGCUCGAGUUUGAAGUGCCAAUUGACGCCUACCAACGCCAGUUGUAAACCUCGACUAAGUUUCAAUACAGAAAAUAAAGAUAAGAAUAAAUUUAAACUUAUUAACAAUAAUAAAACUCUAGAUCAACACAGAUCGAUUAAAAGAACGUUGACAAAACAAUUAUGUUUGGUUUUCAAUCGUUUUGGUACAUGUCCAUUGUUAAAUGAAGGAAAAUGCGACAAGAGACACUACAAAAAAUUCAUAAUGUUAUGCUCAAAAUAUUUGUCGGCUGAAUGUGUAGACAAAAACUGUACCCUAUCGCAUAACAUAGUGAAAGAAAAAAUUCCGUUUUGCAACUAUUAUUUAAGCGGAGUGUGUGUUCAACUCAACUGUCAGUACAUACACGAAUAUAGAAAUCCAGACACGCCUAUUUGCAAGAAGUUUUUACACGGUUAUUGCGCUCUCGGCAUAAAAUGUCCUAAAAAGCACUUGAAUCUAUGUCCGUCGUUUGCGACAAAGAACAAGUGUCCGCACGGUCAGAAAUGUCUGUACCCUCAUGUUCUAAACACCACAACGAGUAAAGACACAGCCGAGUUAAACGAACCUAGAUAUUUUGAAACGACAAUUCCAAAAGUAACUGAAUUAAACGUAGCAGAAAGAUAUCAUAUAGUGCCAAGACGACAUGCUCCUCUGCUGGAAUUGCCGUCGUUUAUACCAUUAAGUUAAAAGGUAAAAUUAAUUUGCUCAAAACUGUCAUACCUGGAUGUCGGAUACUUAUUUUUCGUUAAGGUAACAUUUUUAACGUUGCGAAUUCAGAUCUUAUUAUGUAUAUAUUUAUUUAGGUAGUUUAAAAGUUUUAAUAAAAACUAAUCCACUGCAAGUUUGCGAAAACUACCGACCAUAAACUGGGGACUGUUGUUGUUCAAUGCGGACACUCGACCUUGUCGUGCACCCUCGCUGAACAGAUCCUCCUCGACAGACAUUUUUUCAUUUUUCAGAAUCUGUUCCCGUUUUUCCAGCAAUUCUUCUCUCCACAAAUCUACACUCGUGUGGAUGUAAUAUAUUAUUAGAGCAAAAUUUUUAUAACCAAAAAUAUCGUAAUUACCUAUCAUCGUUGACAUUUCCGUUUCUCCACCGUAUUCCUUUGGAAGCAAUGUCUUGUCCACGUACGAAUGACUCUCUUCAAUUGUACUGAAUAUCUGUCAUAGGGUAACAGACUUGUUAAGCGCCGUGUAAAACUUAUUGGUUGUUUUUUUUUUAAUGAGGAUGUUAUACACCAUCGUUGGCUUAUCGUAUUACAACAAGCCUCCAAAAUAUUUUCUCAAGGUGAAAUUUCGACAAAAAAUAAAACAAAUUACUGUACGUUUUUUUUGUUUUUUAAGAAUGGUUCUUUAGAGUCGAUUAAAAACAGCAACGAAGAAACGUUACUUAAAAAUAGAUACAUUUUCUUGUUUGUAAUACAACAUUAAUGAAUAUUAAUACAUCUAAUUAAAAGCUGAAAGAUUGUGCUCAUAACAUCCUCUAAAAUUAAGCGUGAUAAAUAUUAUAUUGUAACGUUUUUUAAUUACUUUUACUCGACUCCGAAUUUUUUCAGAUACCAACGACAUACCGAAAUCCAAUGCAUACUUUAGCGUUGUGGGCACGUUAACGCCAUAAAUUUCUUUAUGUCGCAUUGGGAGAGUUCUCUAGAAAGCAAAUAGUUAUAUUUUAAUUGUAUUCAAAUAUAUAGGCGUGAUAUAUAUAUAUAUAUAUAUAUAUAUAUAUAUAUAUAUAUAUAAUUGGUAUAUCUUACCACAUCUUACAUACACCUCAUAAUAUAUAAUAAACCACUUUUGUAUAAUUAUUGGUGUAUCUAAGGGUGGUUUAUUAUAUAUUAUGAGGUGUAUGUUAAUCAGUUUUAAAUUAGUGAAAAAAAAUGUAUAUAUGUAUAUGUGUAUAUAAUAGGACAUUUUUAACAAUUUCCUAUCAAAU